CACGUCAGACCUUGUGGUGCCCGCACACCACUCUCCAACGGGGAAAAAAAUCGAACCAGGCCACGAGAAGGGACAGGCCACUACCAUGGCGACCGCGUGCUUCCACCUUCGCCUCUGCCCCCGCUUCCGCGCCUUCGCGUCCUUCUCCUCUCGCCCCCUCCUCGCUACCCACCCCAGGACCCUGCCCCUACCACGCACCGGCCCGGCUACGCCGCUCGCCGCCCGCACGCGCCGUGGGUUCGGCUCCUCCACGGCCGCCGCCCCGCUCAACGAGGAUGACGACUUCGCCACAGCUGCGGACCUGCGGUUCGAGCGGCCGCUCAAGGUAGUGCAGUACCCCGACCCCGUCCUGCGCGCACGCAACAAGCGCAUCAACACCUUCGACGACAACCUUCGCUCCCUCGCGGACGAGAUGUUUGAUGUCAUGUACAAGACGGAUGGCAUUGGUCUCUCGGCACCACAAGUUGGAGUGAACGUGCAGCUCAUGGUAUUCAACCCAGCUGGGGUGAAAGGGGAAGGAGAGGAAAUUGUCCUUGUCAACCCAGUAGUUUACAAGUUCUCGAAGCGGUUGUCAGUCUAUGAAGAAGGGUGCUUGUCGUUCCCUGGAAUAUAUGCCAAUGUGCUGAGACCAGACACUGUUAAAAUUGAUGCUCAAGAUGCUAGUGGAGCAAAGAUCAAAGUUAAAUUAUCAGAACUAUCUGCAAGAGUUUUCCAGCAUGAGUUUGAUCAUUUACAGGGAAUCCUUUUCUUUGACAGAAUGACUAUGGAUGUUGUUGAGAGCAUAUAUGAGCAGCUGAAGAGUCUAGAGGACAAAUACGUGGAAAUAACAGGACAAGCAAGCCCUGAAACUAUAGCAAACUACAGAGGGACAAAGGAUGUCGUUAGUUUUUCAAGAUGAUUCCGUUCUGCAAACUUUCCAAGGGCAUCAUCAAGCUGAGCUACAAAUUCAAGUUUUUGUGGAACUGUUUGUUGGUGCAUACACUGCUGUCAUUCUAGUUUUGGCAGUUUUGCUAUGUCUAGUUAUGUACAACAUUAAUGAAAUUAUACACAGAAAUUUCACUAUUUAUGAAUGAAGUAUUAUUUUCCAACAA